AUGUGGAUUAAUGUUGUUGUGGUAGCAUCUCUUGUUGUACUUUCGGCAUCAAUUGAUGAAGAUAGUGAGCAAAAACUUAGACAAGUAGUUCAUCCUCCACUUUCUGAGGAACAACAUCAAAAUGCCGCUGUUGAAACUAAACAAGAAACGGACAAAACAACUCGGAAACAAGUAGCAGAACUAGAAAUAUCCUUUUAUCAUGGCUUUCUAGCCUCGCUUUCUGUCAUCAUUGUGUCUGAACUAGGUGACAAAACCUGGUUCAUUGCUGUUAUUAUGGCAAUGCGACAUUCAAGGUUGACGGUUUUCUCUGGUGCCAUGGCGGCUCUAGCGCUGAUGACUGUUCUAUCAGCUUGCCUCGGAUGGGUAACACAGUUAAUUCCACGAAUGGUGACUUAUUAUGUUUCCACUGCCCUUUUCGCACUAUUCGGUCUCAAAAUGCUUCACGAAGGAUAUCAUAUGUCUGCAAGUGAAGGACAGGCAAAAUUCGAAGAGGCUCAAGCAGAAGUAGCUAAACGAGAAAUGGACUUAGAUGCUGUGAAAUUUGUAGACAUGGAAGCUGGCAAUGCUGGUCGUAACAGGAGUUCUUCUUCGGCGUGGUUGAUAUUCUCUUUCGUUUCGCGUAUUUUUAUCGAAGCAUUCACGAUGACAUUUGUAGCAGAGUGGGGCGACCGCUCACAGCUAACCACUAUCAUCCUUGCGGCCCGAGAAAAUAUAGCUGGUGUCAUCAGCGGAGGUAUACUCGGUCAUGCGUUAUGUACAGGUAUAGCAGUUGUUGGUGGUAAACUGGUUGCUCAGAGAAUCUCAGUUCGAACAGUUACCAUCGUUGGUGGUAUUGUAUUCUUGAUCUUUGCAUUAUCUGCACUUUUCAUCAACGACGAUGUGAAGAAGUUUGUUGUGAUGCGAAGAAUGUGCAGUGUUAGCUCACAUUUAUUCCCUCAGUGA